CUGCAGAUGUGAGCUGCAGUGAGAGGAGUUUUCAAGGUCGAUCUCUUCCCUGUCAUUUGCAGAGGGCUGAGCCUGGAAAUGUGAACUGGGGCUCCUCUGGGAUGAGCAUCUCAGCCGAGCACUGUACGUUGGAUUCAGUGCUUAUCUCCCACUGGCACAGAUGCUAUUUCAGCCUCCUGUGGGGUAACUGAUACAGAGGAUUGAGGAAGAAACUGUACCUUCUCGUUGAGUCACAUCUUGAUCAAUCCAGCGCUGCAGGAAGUGUCAUUUCCCACGGACGCGCAAGCGUACAGGCACUGCUGAUGAAAUUUUGUGAGCCUCUGAAGAGAUGAGAUCCACCUGGCAAGGCAAGGCUGGUCGCAGCCCUCUCCAGGCCCUGUACGAGAGUGACCAGUUUGAGCAGUCGUCCCUGCAGGCAGUUCACCAGCAGAGACGGGAGAUGUUGAGCAACAUCUGCAGCCGUUACACCCGCAAGCGGCGGCUCCUGCGGCCGGACGACUUGCGGCACUUGGUGGUGGACGACGCGCACGGCCUGCUCUACUGCUACGUGCCCAAGGUGGCCUGCACUAACUGGAAGCGGGUGAUGAUGGUCCUGACGGGGCAAGGCAAGUACCAGGACCCCCUGGAGAUCCCCGCCCACGAGGCCCACGUGGCCUCCAACCUGCGCACCCUGUCCGAGUACAGCGUCCCCGAGAUCAACUCCCGCCUGCGCAGCUACCUCAAGUUCGUCUUCGUGCGGGAGCCCUUCGAGCGCCUGGUCUCGGCCUAUCGCAACAAGUUCACUCUCAGCUACAACACGGCCUUCCACAAGCGCUACGGCACCAAGAUCAUCCGGCGGCACCGGCAGGAGCCCAGCGAGCGCGCCCUGGAGCGUGGCGACGACGUGCGUUUUGAGGAGUUCGUGUACUACCUGCUGGAUCCGCGCACGCAGCAGGAGGAGCCUUUCAACGAGCACUGGGAGCGGGUGCACUCGCUCUGCCACCCCUGCAUCAUCCACUACGACGUGGUGGGCAAGUACGAGACCUUGGCCGAAGAUGCCAACUACAUCCUGCAGCUGGUGGGGGCCGACACGAGCGUCAAGUUCCCGGCUUCAUCCAAGACCACCAGGACGACAGAUGACAUGACAGCCCAGUUCUUCCAGGACAUUAGCCCCUUCUACCAAAGGAGACUCUUUAAUUUAUACAAAAUGGACUACUUGCUAUUCAAUUACUCCAUCCCCUCGUACCUCCGCAUCCGGUGAGGCAGGGGAUGCGGGGGAAGAGGUGAGGGAGAGCUGGAUAACUCUCACCUCGCCACAAUUCCUCUCCUGCUGCCUUGAGCUCAUCUCUUGGUUGACUUCUUCCCUGUGCCCUUUUGUGAGGGUCUGCUCCAUCUCCUGAUGCCUUGUUCAUGCAUGCUCUGGAGGAAGAACACUUCUCAAUACACUGGGGCUGGAGCUUUUCCUUCCCUUUCCCUCCCACCCUUCAAUAUCUACAGGGAAUGGUGGUGGGACUGGACACUUCUUGCCUUGGUUGGGGACUUUCUUGUAACUAAGAGACUCCUCUGUAGAUCCAAAUCUUGGGAAGGCUCCUUUUUCGGGCAGGAUCCCUUCAGGUCUUUCUCCUUCUUACUGAGCUGUUUGGGGGCAGACAUGGAGUCUCAGGGGUCAGAGUGGAGUGUAUCAGAGACUUGCAUAGAACCAGAAAUAAAGCAAUAAUUUAAUAUAACUUUUUCCUUUUAUUUAAAAUUGCUCCCACCUUUUCGUCUUGUUCCCCUCUGUCCUUUGUGCCAUCCCCUACCGAGGGGGAUAUAACACACAGAGGUGUGUUACUCUGACCACAUUUUUAUCCCUGCAGGUUUUUUUUUGUUCCUCUCCUUCCACAUGUUCUCAGUCGGGGUGCAAAAUUCUCCAAAGAUAGAGAGGAAAAGCUUGCAGCAGGUCCUCAGUGCUUUCCCCUGAACUCCACAGC